AUGGGUCCAACAUGCACGGUCGCUCACUGCGAGUUGGUCUCUGAUCUCCUGCAGCAACUACUUGAAGGCAAUUCAGAUACCUAUCUUAUUGUCUGCGCAACCAAAGCCGAGUUCCUAGUUCAGCUCACAGCAGCCAUCCGCUCACAACGCGCUGAUCCAGACAUGGCCGCGAGCCAUGGCCUGCUCACAAAAACAAUCGGUCUGCUUGCAAGAUCCAGCAAAAUACGACUGGUAUUCUGCCCGAGCUUAGAGUCUCUUCGGGCAUACCUUGCCAUUUUCGAUACUGCUGUUGGUGUAGCUACCGAGGACCGAUCGCUUGCCCAUGACCGACAACUCAUUGCUGUCCUUGAUAUGAUAGCUUUGCAUGUCACGACUUCGGAAUUCUCCGCACAGGGGCUUUCAAGAACACUCGCUUCUCUCGUUGAGGCUUCCUCCAGGGCGGGGAUGGAUCUCCAAGUUUAUGAAUGCGUGAAUGCCCUGGACCCUUCAAGUGCUGUUCGGGGGAAAAUGCUAUGGGAUGUGAACGUUCCCUUACUGAACGGGUCAGUUCGAAUGCGAUCGGAUCAAAGUACCUGGGGUGGACGGGGCAUCACCGUAAAACGAGUUGCCGAACGCUGGUUUGAAUUUGAUCAGAACUAG